AUGUCAAGCAAGGGUCGUUCAGCAGGCGUUUUGCCUGUUAACGCAGCAGCGAGGAAGACGGCAGCAGCGAAUUCUGCCCCAAAAUCAUCGCAGAGGAGUCCAGCACCGAGACUCAGACUGAUCAUACGUCGUCUGCCACCAGGGCUCAUAGAGACAGAAUUUUGGGCAGCGCUUGGUGAUGAGUGGCACGUAGGCAAUGGCAAGGUUGAAUGGGCAGCCUAUCACGAUGGCAAGGUCUCCAGAGAUCCCUCAAAGCCGUCGCGACCAGCUAGAGCGUAUCUCAAAGUCAAGGAACAGUCGGUCCUGGACACGCUUUCCGCUCUAGUCAAAGAGACGUCGUUCCAGGACGCCAGAAACACAACCAAAGAUCCAUGCCUUUUAGGACCUCCGUCGCUUGAGUUUGCACCGUACAACAAGACGCCAAGUGGACGAACCCGGCACGACGGGAGGCAGGGUACCAUUGACCAAGAUCAAGAAUUUAUUGAUUUCUUGCAGAGCUUGACAGAACCCAUCACCAAGCCCACGGGCAAUGGGACAGAGUCUGGUGAACUCAAAACGGAGCCCGUCACGAUUACGCCCCUUGUCCAGUAUAUAAAGGAAAAGAAAGCCAACAAAGCCAAAGAAGCCGCACAAGCCAAAGCCGCUAAGAGCGCCGGCAAGGAGGCGAAGCCCACUAAGAAUGAGCGCACUCCAACAGUGAUCAUCAAAGGCAAGGCGAAUCCUACUGCAACAGAGAAGGACAAGGACAAAGAGAAAGAAAAGGAGAGGGUGGCCAAAGCUACCCAGGAUGCCAUCAAGGCCGUGCAGAAGUCCGUGGCCGCUGUGCAAGGAAAACAAAGCUCCCUGCCGGCCAAAAGCGAAAGAGUACAGCCAGCAACAAAAGAGACAGCACCGACAGCCCAGUCUCAGCCGACAGAGUCGGCUAAGCAAGACCGUAACAGAGCGCCUCGAGAUACCGCCCGAGGGGCUGCCCGGAUGCUGCAGCGAGAUCUGGGUCUGCUCGCAAAAGGCAGCACUUCUCCUAGGACACCGAAGGCAAAUGCGACAGCAUCUGCAUCAAGCGCUGCACCACCGAUUACCCCGACACUUGCAAAACCCACAGCAGGACCUAACCCUGCAGAGUCGGCACCAAGCCAGCAGAAUUCGUCAGGGCCAGCAACGCCCACCACGCCCGCAGCGCCACCCACUGGUCCACGAGCGUCAAGAGCCUCGCGAACACCCAGCGCCGCCGCAUCCUCAUCAGCAAAACAACCUCCCACCACGCCUUCUCAACAAGCAACAACAACCCAGCCACAAACCCAUCCCAACCGCGCAAAACCGCAACCAUCUCCCGCUCAGCCCUCUGCAGGCGCUAAAUCCGCCUUCCUCAAGCACGCCAAUCCCUCUCAGGGCAUCACCGAGGAUUUACUCAAAGAAGCAUUCAAAUCCUUCGGCACCAUCACACGCUGCGAAAUCGAUAAAAAGAAGGGGUUAGGGUAUGUUGACUUUGCGGAGCAUGAGGGCCUGAAGAAAGCUAUGGCAGCCAGUCCGGUCAAGGUCGCGAAUGGGCAAGUCGUGGUGUUGGAGAAUAAGAGUCCACACGGGAAGAGAGGCGGCCAACCUGCCACGGCUCAGAAGAGUUCCCCUACUCCCGCUCCUGCUGCCGGUUCGGCUGUCACAAAAGCGAAUGCUGUUCCUGGUUCUCCAGCUGUGAGCUCCCCAAAGCCAUCGGUUCCAACCCCGUCACCAACCGCGGCGCCCACGCAGCAAACCGCAAGUACACAAGCUCAAACCCCUGGGGCGCCGAUGCCUCCUGCUGCGCCGUCGGGAUCGGCAACGGCCUCCACCCCUGGAGUACCAGCUCCACCUACAGCGCCGCGGGGAGCGAAUAGAGGUGGUCGCGGGGGUGGUGGCAGGGAUAAUGCUCGUGGCGGAGCAGCCAGUCAAGGCCAAGGUCAGUCUCAGGGUCAGGGUCAAAACCGGAGCAACAGGCAAGGACAUCGCGGCGGAAGGGUUAAUUUCAGGGGCAGCGGACGAGGCGGCGCUGCAGCGGCGACAAAUGCCUCUCCAGCUACGGGAGGUGAAAUUGCAGCGGGAAGUGCAGGUGCAAGCGCAAGUGCAAGUGCAGACACACCUGGAGCAACCGUGGCGCCUGUAGCGGCAAAAGAAGAACCGAAGGAAUCCUGA